GAAGCGGCGGCCGGCUCUCGCGAGACUUGCCGGGAGUCGGAGCGCGCGGGGCCCGACCUUAAGGGAAGCGGGAGCCGCGGGUGGGGAACAUGUCGGAUUCAGAGCUCGGCAGGAAGUGGGACCGGUGCAUGGCGGAUGCGGUCGUGAAGAUAGGUACUGGUUUUGGAUUAGGACUUGUUUUCUCACUUACCUUCUUUAAAAGAAGAAUGUGGCCAUUAGCCUUUGGUUCUGGCAUGGGAUUGGGAAUGGCCUACUCCAACUGUCAGCAUGAUUUCCAGGCUCCGUAUCUUCUACAUGGAAAAUAUGUCAAAGAGCAGGAGCAGUGACUUACACCUGAGAACAUCCCAGUGGGAGGAAAAGAGAAACCAUGUUUAUUCCUCAGGAAUACUGAAGUGCCCUGGAGUAAGCUGACAUUCUUCUGUAACAAUGUUAUCAGUAAUGCUUUAAACUCCAGCACACUGUUUAUGUAUUUGAAACGAAGUCUGUUUCUUGUUUUGUAUUUUCUCUCUGGAAAUCGCAAGGAGGUGGUCUUAAAGGAAAUAAAUUAAAAAUAGGCAGCCCAGUG